AUGUACGGGCGCGUGGUGCGCGUGAGCUACAAGGGCAAGGAGUGCGCCCUCAAGCUGGCCGCCCCCGCCUCCAAGGUGGUGUUCGAGCACGAGAUGGAGAUGCUGAGGCGGCUGCAGGGCGCGGGGGGGGCGCCCAUGCCCUUGGCGUACAGUGAGGAUCCGUCGUGCCUCCUGAUGACGUACCUGGGCAAGGAGUGCCUGGCCGACGUGCUGAGUGCGCAGCGCAGCCAGAAGCAGCUCCUGCAGCUGAGCGUGAAGCUGGCGGAGGCCGUGGCGGCCGUGCACGCCGCCGGCAUCGUGCACUGCGACCUGAAGCCCACCAACGUGAUGGUGCAGCUGCGCGGCGCAGCAGGAGCGCCGUCGGUGCACAUCAUCGACUUCGGGAUGGCACUUCCCGUGGGCCAGUGCCAUCCCGAGAGCAGCAAAGGGCGGUAG